AUGGACAAGAUCUCAAUCACCAUCUGCGGAGAUGGUGGAUGCGAGGAUUCCUACACCGUCACCCGCAACGUCGAUGGUCACUCCUACGUCCUUUCCAUCACCGAUACUGCAGGCCAGGAGGAGUACCGUGGGUUAUGGAGUGCCUCGACCCUGAACUCGGACGCCUUCCUCCUGGUUUACGAUAUCACCAACCCCUCGAGCCUUGAAACGCUAGAUCAUUUCAUGAACAUGAUCAACAUGGAGGCGGAGCAACGUGUCGAAGAUGAUCAGCGGCUGCGCCAGUUGGGAAAGUCUGGAUAUGUUGAUGUCGGCCAACUUGGCCUGCCACCAGUUAAAAUCGUUGUGGGUAACAAAUGCGAUCUCAAGGAUGAUCGCGUGGUGACAUCUCGCGAUGGACUCGAGUAUGCGCGCAAACACGGCUGCGGGUUUAUGGAGACUAGUGCUCGCGAAACGGUCAACAUUGAGGAGACCUUUGCCCGUAUGACAUUGUCCGUCAGCAAAGAGAGUAGAGCUAAUGAUUGGAUAGAUCUAGUCCGUCGCGUUGUCGAAGCCCGACUCCACAGCCAGGGCGCGCUUCCUCCCUGUGCUGAGCCAUCACAUACCCUACCAAGUACCGACGCAAUUGCAGGCACUCGAUCCCGUCGAAGUCGCGCGUGGGAGUUUAUCAAACACCGGAAGACAACGGAACCAAACGGCCAACAGGGUCAGGAACAGAGUGAAAUUCAGCGAACCGAAAAACAGAAACGUCAGAAGUGCUAUCGAGGUUGCGUCUGUCAGCUCUGGCGCUUUCACUUUAAAUGA